AUGGACCACGUGGCGAUUGCAGCCUGGAUUGCCACGGGCGUGAGGGCCUCGUUUAUUUUUGCUAUUGGCAAUUGCUGGUGGCAGAGGCGCGUGUGGAAGAAGAAGGACAAGAAGGCAGCCGAAGACUUGGAGAGGGCAGCGGGAGACUUGGAGGCCGCGCUGGCUGCUGGUGCGGCGUAUAGGGAGGAAGAGAUGCAGAUGAGAGGCCUAGCGGGUGGUGAGAACGAUCCGCGUGGCGUCGAAGUGGCCACGUAUAUCGAUAGGAAUGUGGUGCGUCGCGGCCCGAAUCGGUCCGACCCCCUUCCCGAGUAG